AUGGCCGGGGGAAGUUCUGGAGCUCAUGUCGGAAACCCAGUCGUCGAGGGUUGGAAACCCGAUGACUUAGAGACUUCAAUGUUUAUAAGUUCUCCAUUGGGAUGUGUGGAGGUGACUAGUAUAUGUAGGUCGUGUGUGAUCAUGAUUGGAAGUGAGAAAUUAAAGGCAGAUUUGAUAAUCCUUCCCAUGAAUCAGUUUAAUGUGGUGCUUGGAAUGGAUUGGUUGUCGAGAUAUGGGGCGAUUGUUGAUUGCCACCAUAUGAGAGUUACCUUGACUACUGGUUCUAGCACGACAGUAACGUAUCAGGGAGAGGGUGAAUCCGGUAUCGGCGGGGAGAAUGUUAAGGUCCCCGUGGUCGAUGAAUAUACAGAUGUAUUCCCUGAUGAGUUGCAUGGUUUACCGCCUGACCGGGAGAUCGAGUUUUACAUCGACUUACUUCCGGAAACAACUCUGAUUUCUAUUGCUCCAUAUCGAAUGGCGCCUGCGAAGAUGAAAGAGCUAAGGGAACAACUUGGAGAGUUGGCAGAAAAGGGAUUCAUUAGAAAUAACACAUCCUAG